CUCCCGGGGCAAGCCUCUAGUAUGAUCAUAUUGUGCUUGUUUUUAACGUGUGCUCUUACUCCCGGUCUGCCCGCUCCAGUGGUCCAAAAUUCAACUUACGUGACGCCGGAGUAUCUCCAGCGGAAAACAGAACGUCUCUUGAGCACGCUGCAUCAUUAUGAGAUGGUGGUGCCCACAAUGGUCAACCCUAAGGGAGAAUUCAUCAGUUAUCGUUUGCACCAACCACAAGACGGCGAAUCUGGGAUACGUAAGAAGCGUCGGGCCACUUCCGGUUACCAUGUCAACGAUUCGGACGUACGCAUAUAUUACAGGCUUUCGGCAUACGGACGGGAGUUUCACUUUAACUUGACGUUGAACAGCUUAUUGGUAUCAGAGGACUUUAUUGUGGAACACUGGAGUAAGGCAGGUGUGGAGCGUCACCACCAACGCGUCCCGGCGUGCCAUUAUGUUGGUCAUAGUCAGAGCCCAACGGCUUCCAGGGCCGCCAUUAGCAACUGUAAUGGACUGCACGGAGUAUUCACCACGGACGAUGAAGAUUACUUUGUAGAACCGCUGUGGAACCAUACCAAUAACAUAGCCGUGGACGGUCAUCCCCAUAUAGUCUACAAGCGCUCAGCUCUGAGACUCCACGACGGGGUCAGUCAUUGUGGUGUGUCAGACAAGAAGAGCGGUAAUCUGGAGAACAGUAACGAUAAGUGGUCCCUGAAUAAACCUUCUCAGUUUCUGAAUCAUUACAUCAAGUGGAAUGGCCUCAAGGGUUACGACUUAGAACAAAACUCGUGGAAGUUCAAGCGACGGUCUGAUGAGUUCAGCUCCGGUGUCUCCUCCUCCCCGAGGGUCGACGGAGGGGAUUCUGCUCCCGGGGGUCAGCCGGUGCGCUCUCAGCGCCGAGCUCGAUCCGUCAGCAUGGAAAGACACGUGGAGACGCUCGUCGUCGUAGACAAGAUGAUGGUCGGUUACCAUGGGCAACAGGAGAUAGAGCCCUACGUGCUUACCAUUAUGAAUAUUGUUGCUAAGUUGUACCAUGACCCGAGCAUUGGUAACGCCGUCAACGUGAUUGUCACCAGGCUGGUUCUCCUCACGGAAGAUCAGCCGAACCUUUUCAUCGGUCACCACGCCGACCGAUCAUUGGACAGUUUCUGUCGCUGGCAGCGGUCCAUCAAUCCACCUACCGACGGUAACCGGGGUAUCGCUCACCAUGACAAUGCAAUACUCAUCACGAGAUAUGAUAUAUGUACAUAUAAAAAUCAGCCAUGCGGAACAUUAGGUCUCGCCCCUGUGGCUGGCAUGUGCGAGGAAGAGAGGAGCUGUAGUAUUAACGAAGAUAUCGGCUUAGCUUCCGCCUUUACCAUCGCACACGAAAUCGGGCACAAUUUUGGGAUGCAGCACGACGGCGCGGGAAACCCCUGCGGAACCCCCGGCCACGAAGCAGCGCGGAUAAUGGCGGCGCAGUUGACGCGAGAGACAAGUCCUUUCCUCUGGUCCAACUGUAGCCGGGAGUACAUCACCAACUUCUUGGACUCUGGUCGUGGCUCUUGCCUGGAGAACGUCCCCACACAGCUGGACAUAGAGUUCCCGUCUGACCUGCCGGGACAGAGGCAUACCGCCGACGAGCAGUGUAAGCUGCAGUACGGGAGCAGGUCCGUGGCCUGUAAACUCGCGGAAGUGUGUAGAGAGCUGUGGUGUAUGAACAGCAGUGACCGUUGUGUGACCAACAAUAUCCCGGGGGCGGAAGGCACUGACUGCUCCUCCAAGAGGAUCAAAAAGGGGUGGUGCUACCGUGGAAAGUGUAUGAAGUUCGGUUACCGCCCAGAGGAUGUGGAUGGGAACUGGGGAAAGUGGUCUCAAUGGGGCGACUGCUCCCGUACCUGUGGGGGAGGGGUCAAGUCCAGUCAGAGAGAGUGUGAUAAUCCUCGUCCGGAACAUGGUGGCAAGUACUGUAUAGGAGAAAGACGACGCUACAAGUCCUGCAACGUUCAGAGUUGCCCUGUAAACGCCACGGACUUCCGGGUAGUGCAGUGUAGUCAGCACAAUGCCAUACCGUUCCGGGGCAAGUAUUACCAAUGGUUGCCCUUCUCUGGAGCGUCAGUGAAGCCGUGUGCGCUGAACUGUAUGGCAGACGGGUACAACUUCUAUACGGAACGAGCCCCCAAGGUGAUUGACGGCACGCGAUGUUACCCGGACAAGCUGAAUAUGUGCAUCAAUGGAGAAUGUCGGCACGUGGGUUGUGACAAAAGGCUUGGGUCCUCUGCUGUUGAGGACAAGUGUAGAGUGUGUGAUGGAGACGGUAGUACUUGCAAGACAAUCAGUGGGUCGUUUGAUGUUCCUCUUCCUAAAGGAGCUUACCAUGAAGUCAUCCGAAUACCACGGGGAGCUGUGCGGAUUCGCGUGGAGGAAGACAUGGAAACAAAGAAUUACCUUGCUCUGAAAUCGGAAAGCGAUGAAUAUUACAUAAAUGGAGACUGGACAAUUGACUGGCCUCGGAAGUUUCCUGUGGCGGGCACGAUAUUCCAUUACGAGAGGCAGUCCGGAGCUCGGGAAUUGCUGCAUGCCCUGGGUCCCACCAAAGAGAAUCUGGUGGUGAUGGUCCUUCUACAAGAAGAGAACCUAGGAGUUAAGUAUGAAUAUAACAUCCCCAGCCUAAGCAACGAGUCCCAGCAGGAUUUCUCGGAGUUCAUAUGGGAGUUAUCUCCCUGGACAGAGUGCUCAGUGUCUUGUGCAAAAGGUAUAAGUGAGUCACGUGCUCAGUGUGUGAGAAAAGACGACAAAACGCUAGUGGAGUUUCGGUAUUGUCCGCCUCAUCUUCGGCCCGAUGACGUCACGAAAGAGUGCAAGAAUGAACCGUGUACUCCUGAGUGGACGGUGGGUCAGUGGAGUGAGUGUUCCCGUACCUGUGGGGGUGGGGUCAGCUCGCGUCCCGUCAUGUGUACCCAGGUAGUGGACCGUACAGAACAAGACGUCCUGGACGACACCAUGUGUCAAGGUCAGAAGCCCGCCUUCCAGAGACGCUGCAACGGCGACGAGUGUCCGCCCACUUGGUUCACAGAUGAGUGGUCGAAGUGUACACCGAGAUGCGGUGUUGGCGAAAAGACCCGCAAUGUGUACUGUAUGAGCAAUGACGGCAGGAGCUACAUGGAGGACGUCCACUGUGACCCGGAGCGAAAACCCCCAUCCCGGGUCACGUGCAAUAAUGGGGACUGCCCCCCGUCGACAUGGGUCACAGGGGACUGGGGUCGGUGUUCUGGCAAGUGUGGAAAAGGUCAGCAGAGGCGGAGCGUCCAGUGUCGGACCUAUACGGGAGAGCCGAGUCAAGACUGCCACCCGUACGCCAUGCCGGCCAGUAUCCAGCAGUGCGAUGCCCCCUGUAACGUGAAGAAUGGACGCAAGGGAGAGUGCGUGGAUACGUAUUCAGUAGCCUACUGCCCAUUGGUUCUUCGAUUCAAGUUCUGUAACCGCGAAUACUUUCGUAAUAUAUGCUGUAAGACUUGUACCGCUGCGAAUGGGAUCGGCUGA